CGGGUCGCGGCUCUCGCCCUCGUGUCCUCCUGGUGCCCUCCAGCGCGCCAGCGGGACCAUGAAGAAGUUCUCUCGGAUGCCCAAGUCGGAGGGCAGCGGCGGCGGCGGCGGGGCGGCGGCUGGCGGGGCCGCGGGUUCCGGGCUCAGCGGCGGCUUCGCAGGCUCGUCCGUGGGGGUCCGGGUGUUCGCCGUCGGCCGUUACCAGGUCACCCUGGAGGAGUCGCUGGCCGAAGGUGGCUUCUCCACUGUCUUCCUGGUGCGGACUCAGGGUGGGACCCGAUGUGCGCUGAAGCGAAUGUAUGUGAACAACAUGCGGGACCUGAGCAUCUGUAGAAGGGAGGUCACGAUUAUGAAAGAGCUAUCUGGCCACAAGAACAUUGUUGGUUAUUUGGACUGUGCUGUCAACUCCAUCAGUGAUAAUGUGUGGGAGGUGCUAAUCUUAAUGGAGCACUGUCGAGCUGGGCAGGUGGUGAAUCAGAUGAAUAAGAAGCUACAGACAGGCUUCACCGAGUCAGAGGUCCUCCAGAUCUUCUGUGACGCCUGCGAAGCUGUCGCAAGGUUGCAUCAAUGUAAGACUCCCAUCAUCCACCGGGACCUGAAGGUAGAAAAUAUUUUGCUAAAUGAUGCUGGAAAUUAUGUGCUCUGUGACUUUGGCAGUGCCACUAAUAAAUUUCUUAAUCCGCAAAAAGAUGGAGUUAAUAUAGUAGAAGAAGAAAUUAAAAAAUACACGACUCUGUCUUAUAGAGCCCCGGAAAUGAUCAACCUCUAUGGCGGGAAACCCAUCACCACCAGGGCUGACAUCUGGGCCCUGGGAUGUUUACUGUACAAACUUUGUUUCUUCACUCUUCCUUUUGGUGAGAGUCAAGUUGCUAUUUGUGAUGGCAGCUUCACCAUCCCAGAUAAUUCUCGCUACUCCCAUAACAUACAUUGUUUGAUUAGGUACAUGCUUGAACCGGACCCAGAGCACAGACCUGACAUAUUUCAAGUGUCCUACUUUGCAUUUAAGUUUGCCAAAAAGAAUUGUCCAGUCUCCAACAUCAAUAAUUCCUCUCUUCCCUCAACUCUCCCUGAACCGAUGACUGCUAGCGAAGCUGCUGCUAGGAGAAGCCAGAUGAAAGCCAGAAUAACAGAUACCAUUGGACCAACAGAAACCUCAAUUGCACCAAGACAAAGACCAAAGGCCAAUUCCACUGCUGCCACUUCCAAUGUGCUGACCAUUCAGAGUUCUGCCACGCCUGUCAAAGUCCCUGCUCCCGGGGAAUUCAAUAACCACAAGGCCAAAGGAGCACUGAGACUUGGAAAUGGGUCUGAAGUCUUAAUGGCCCAGGGUUCCCCUCAGCAACCACCACAGCAGCAUAGAGUUCUCCAGCAGUUACAGCAGGGAGAUUGGAGAUUACAGCAACUUCAUCUGCAUCAUCAUCAUCAUCAUCCUCAGCAGCAGCAGCAGCAGCAGCAGCAGCAGCAGCAGCAGCAACUUCAAAAUGCUUAUUUGCAGCAGUAUCAACAUGCAUUACAGCAGCAACAGAUGCUUCAACAACAGUUUUUGAUGCAUUCAGUGUAUCAGCCACAAGCUCCUGCAUCGCAGUACCCUGCCAUGAUGCAGCAGUAUCAGCAGGCUUUCUUGCAACAGCAGAUGUUAGCUCACCAGCAGCAGCCACAGCAGCAGGUGUCACCAGAGUAUCUUACCUCCCCUCAAGAGUUCUCACCAGCCUUAGUUUCCUACGCAUCAUCGCUUCCAGCUCAGGUUGGACCCGUAGACUCCUCUCUCGGUGUCAACAGGUCAGUUGCUGAGAAGGAGGCAGUUGCAAGUUUUGCACAUCAGAAGGCCAUCAGUCACCCUCCUGACAUGUCAGGGUGGAACCCCUUUGGAGAAGACAACUUCUCCAAGUUAACAGAAGAGGAACUGUUGGACAGAGAGUUUGACCUUCUCAGAUCAAACAGGCUCGAGGAGAGCGCACCCUCAGCAGACCCACCCUCAGCUCCACAUUACCACCCUCCGGAAGACCCUUUCGGUUCUGUCCCUUUCAUUUCUCACUCAGGUUCUCCUGAAAAGAAAACUGAACAUUCUCCAAAUCAAGAAAAUAUCACUGCAAACCCUACCAAAAAUGGAAGUGCAAGUCCACCAUGUAAAGAUCAGCGUGCUGGAAAGAAAGCCUUCGAGAAUGCGGUCGUCAGGGGUCAGGCGCAGAAGGGAGCUGAUGACUCCGAAAGCGAUUUUGAAUCAGAUCCCCCUUCUCCGAAGAGUAGCGAAGAGGAACAAGAGGAUGAAGACAUUCAGGGAGAGCAUGGGGACUUUAACGAUGACGACACCGAGCCGGAGAACCUGGGUCACAGGCCUCUGCUCAUGGACUCUGAAGACGAGGAAGAGGAGGACAAACACAGCUCCGACUCUGAGUAUGAACAGGCUAAAGCCAAGGGCAGAGACCUGACCACCCUGCUCAGAGACCAGCCUGGCGGCGGGCAAAGCGCGGCCCCUGACUCAGCACUCCUCACUCCCACCCGGUUGCCUGGGGCUGCUCUGACUCAGGAGUUCGAUGUGUUUGGUGCUGUACCCUUCUUGGCGGUGCGUGCUCCACAGCCGCAGCACAGAUUGAGUGGCAGGAACCUCUCCCCGCAGACCUUUCCAGAGCAGGAGGACUUCGACGUGUUCACAAAGGCCCCCUUCAACAAGAAGGUCAAUGUCGGAGACUGGCCCACAGCGGGCUCAGACACACACCCUCUGCCCGCGCGGCCCAGAAGUGUAGAUAUGUUUGGCUCCACUCCCUUUCAGCCGUUUUCCACGCCGGCGAGUAAAAGUGAAAGCCAGGAGGAUGUUUUUGGGCUCGUGCCCUUUGAGGAAAUUGCUGGGAGUCAGCAGCAAAAAGUUAAGCAGCGCAGCUUGCAGAAACUGUCCUCUCGCCAGAGACGCACCAAGCCAGACAUGUCCAAAAGCAACGGGAAGCGCCAUCACGGCACACCCACCAGUGCAAAGAAGACCCUGAAGCCCCCGUACCGCACCCCCGAGAGGGCCCGCAGACACAAAAAGGUGGGCCGCAGGGACUCACAAAGCAGCAAUGAGUUCCUAACCAUUUCAGACUCGAAGGAGAACAUCAGUGUUGCACUGACUGAUGGCAAAGACAGAGCCAGUGUCCUGCCACCUGAGGAGAGCCUGCUGGACCCCUUUGGUGCCAAGCCUUUCCAUCCUCCGGACCUGCCAUGGCACCAGUCCCAUCAGGGCCUAAGCGACAUCUGUGUCGAUCACAAUACCAUUUUGUCAGGGAGGCCAAGACAGAAUUCAGUCCACGGGUCAUUCCACAGUGCAGAUGCGUUGAGAAUGGAUGACUUUGGUGCCGUGCCCUUCACAGAACUCGUGGUGCAAAGCGUCACUUCACAACAGUCCCAACCGGUCGAAUUAGACCCCUUUGGUGCUGCUCCAUUUCCUUCUAAACAGUAGACACCUGAGGUGGGCUCAGCAAUAACCCCUGUUUCAGAAAAGUAUGAAGAGUUUUAUGAGUCUGGAAGAAAAUAUAUUCGUAUAGUUGCUUGUAGCAAUCAUUUUCACGGCUAAUGAGGAUAGGUGACUUAGAUAAACCAAAUCAAAGUGUCUGUGUGCACAGGGUAGUAGUAGCUGAUGCCAUCUUCAACAGGAGGAGCCGAAAUCAGAAGCCCCAGGGGCUUUGGCUACUGACAGCUUAGAGGUCAAGUGUGGGCCUUCCUGGGAGAGUGUGUGUAGCCGCUGCGGGGCAGCAAAGCUCAUCACUUCAGACAGCAAAAUGUCACCUAGGUGCACACCCCAGCCCCAGCAUUUAGCCAGGCUGACUGACCGUGUCCACCCAGGAGGAGACAGUCGGAAGUGUGCUCCUCAACACAUACACUUCUCUGUAAGGUAGAGCCAGAAGUAACUUGACUAUUGUGCCUAAAACUCUGUUGCAUUUUUUAAAAAAACAAGUGCCAUUAGUAUGGACUCUGUAAUGGUAAGUAUAUGAAAUAAUGUAUAUAUUAAUUCAGUUUAGCCCAUCUACAGUGUAUAGGUGAAAACAUGUAUAUGGUAAUAUAUAUGCAGUUUUUAAUCUGUCAAAAAUUAAAAUUUUAAAAUGUGGACUGCUUAAUAGAAACUUAGAACAAAAUGUAAAGAGAAAUAUUUGGCAUUUGAAAAAAUGUAAAAGAAUGAUACAUCAAAAAGAAAAACAGCAUUUGGUACUUUUGAAAUACUUUGUUUUUGAACAAGUUUUUGCCAAAAUCUUUAUCUCCGUGUCCUUAAUGAAACAUAAUGGUGAUUUAAAAAAAAAAGUGUGGACACGUUAUAUAGAAUUUUAAUUAAAAAAAAAAAAACAGCUCAAAGUUUAAAAUUUUAAGAUGUUUACAAUGUAAAACUAUGUUGCAUUUACUAAUGUACCUUAUUACAUCUCCGCCCUCAUCCCGCACUCCCAAGUCUUGAGCAGAAGUUCCUCCCCUCAGGUGUAGGGAGGGCAGUUUUACUACAGUGCUCCAGCAGUGACACUGACAAGUCUUAGGGACACAUGCCUCUUGCAGUCAGUCCCUCUGCAUGGACAGCCAGCCCUUCAGCGGCUAUAAGAAUUAGAUCAUAGGACUAGGUUUAAUUCUGCUAGCUGAGUGCAUCUUUGGUGAAAAGAACCAAGCUACCAAAUUGCCUUUAAAAAAAAUCACCAGUUAUUAUGAGAAACUUGAAAUUUUGUAGAAGUUGUGUUUAAUGAUAGCAAUUAUAUAUCAGUUAAUGUGAAUGCACUGUCUGUGCUUCCUAUGCCUGUCUUAAGUUAUGAUUAAUUGUCUACAGAUUAGCACUAGAAGUUUCUAGAUUAACAGUUAUUUACAAAAAGGAGUGGAAACAUUUUUUACUGUUACUCUCCUUGAUUGCUAUAUUUUAACUGUCGUUGCCCCCAAUUAGUGUAUCUUGAUGAAUAAUCUUAUGAAAACCUCUUAAUUUUAGUGCCCUGAUAGGAUAAAUUAUUUGCCCACUUUCACAGUUCAGAAUUUGGAAAGAAGCAAAAUAUCUAACUAAGCCGCGGUUGUUUUUCAUUGCUUCUCUCCUCUUGUGUGAGCUCAGCCAGGUGAAAAGCAAACCGAGCAGCCCCCCACACACCAGCAGCCGGAAGUGGGCCGCACCAUUUCCUGUCCUUGUGCCAAAGGCAGAGGCUAUGUUUGCACCUUGUCUUUUGGCUCUCAGGUUGGUUAAUAAUUGCUAAUGCAAACGGCAGUGGAUCCUUUAAACUACAAAGCAGAUCCAGCCAUGCGUUCUUUUUAAAGUGGUGGUGAACUGGUGUGGUCUCCUGGGACGUGACUAUGAAAUCGUAGCUUCACUUGCCUUUCAAUGCACUGAAUAGUUUAAAUAAAGUGGUUCCCUGACAGCCUCUUAGGCUUAUGCUGGGUAAAUUCUUAGGAAACAAACUCUGCCACAGCUUAAAGUGUUUACACUGUCUCUUGUAGCCCCCCCCAGGGAACACUCCUCACUUGAGACCAGCUCACUGGACAGAUUAUUUAAUUGGAGGUCCAGUGGGGCAGCUCCUUCCUGCUGAUGUUAGAGGCAUUUUCUCAAGAUGAGGAGACUCCACUUAAAUUUCAGUGUCACUCUGUCACUCCGUAAAGCUGAGCCUUAGGUAGCUAAUUCCCUUCCAAGAGCUAGGCUGCCAUGCACAGGAGAGCGUUUACUGAGCACCCAGCACUCAAUGAAGAACUGGCUGUUACGGGAUGGCCCAGUUCUGGUUUAAAGAAUGUCACUUGGGUGUGCCUUGUGCUUCUAAGUAUGCAAAGUAGCCCUGACUAACCCUGCUAGACUUGAACAUCAAAGGGAAAGCCAUGUUAGGAACCGUUGUGCAGCCAAGGCCAAAGUUCUUCCUAGAAGCUUUAAUACUGCUUGUUAACUUUGAAUCUUUUCUUAAAAAGUGGACCAUCUGCUUCUCUCACUUCAGUGAGAUGUUAAGAUCAUGAGAUGGUCUUAAUGGCACUGAAGAAUGCAUCUACUGAGGCACACACGCUG